AUGAAUGCGGCCGAAGACGACGACCUCAAGCUGCUGCGGGCGUCAGCCUCGCUGCUAGCCGACCUCGAGAAGCUGCUUCCGAGAAUACUACGAAAACGGAAGCACGACUCUAUCGAAGUACACCAGCGCGUGAGAGAAGUUGAUAUGCACAGAGUCUUCGCUUCGAUUGAGCCAUUUCAAGAAGAUCCACAGCUCCUAGACGCUCAUCUGAAGACGCUCAUCCCUCCACUGGUUGCUGCCUAUUUGGAUUCUCUCCGUGCCCCUUCACGACCAAGGCGGAAGAAAGGUUUUGUUCCUCUAUCGCACGGAAUAUGUCAAAUCCUAAAUCUCUUCUGCAAAGUCAGAGGAGACAAGGUCAUCAAGGGCUUUCUCAACAACGAGCCCCGACACCUGGAGCCAAUAUUGAAGGAGUUCGAAAGCGGCAAGAAUUAUGAGACGGUGGAUGAUGAACCUCUGCCCCAAUCCAUUGUACCGUGGGCAGAGCGUUAUGUUCUCCUGUUGUGGCUGUCGCAUCUCAUGCUAGCUCCAUUUCCCUUGGCUUCAAUGUCUGCUCUUCAGUCUUCUCAGGAAACGUCCAUCGCUCUCGGAAUCGAUCUCCCUCCUGAGGUACCCGGCGUCGCUCUCCGUGUAUUGGCGAUAUGCAUCAAUGGUCUUCAAUCAGCCUCCAAAGAGCGCGGUGCUGCAGCAAAUCUUCUCGUAAGGCUCUGCGUCCGACCUGAUAUGCAAAAGCUGGGGCUUCUUGAUACGCUUGUCAAAUGGUCCCUAACCUUUUUUACCAGCAUUUCAGAGGGCUUUUCCAACAUACACCAAUGUCUGGGCGUGCUCUCAUUCCUCGCUGGUCUGGUCACAUCUGCUACGAAUGAAGAGAUUGGCCCCUUCCUCCCAGCGAUAUACCAGUCGUGUCAGAACAUCAUACAUCAAACUUCUCUUGCCUUUGUCAGGUCAUCUGCAGUGGCAAGAAAGCUAGUUAUCAAGACCUUGCGCAACAUCGUCAUUCAUUGCCUGCAGGCCGGGGACGGGACGAAUAAGCUCGACAGCACAACCGUACUUGAGGAAGUAAUAGAGUUCUUACUGGAAGCUCUGGCCGACGGCGACACUCCGGUACGAUAUGCGGCCAGUAAGGCACUCAGUAUCGUCACAUUGAAGCUAGAGCCCGAAAUGGCAGGGGAUAUUGUAGAAGCUAUCCUGGGCUCGCUCAACGAGAACGUCUACUGGCAGGGAUCAGUGCGGAACCUCAGCGGCGUCAAUUCUCUUCGGUGGCAUGGUCUUACUCUCACGCUAUCUCAUCUUCUGUAUAGGAGAGCUAUAUCGACGACCCAACUCCCUGAAAUCCUCAACGCGCUAUUGCUAGCUCUGGCAUUUGAGCAGCGAUCCGCUACUGGCGGAUCGAUCGGUACGAAUGUUCGGGACGCAGCAUGUUACGGAAUUUGGGCACUGUCUCGACGAUAUGCGACGAAGGACCUUCUUGCCGUGGAAACUUCUUCUAUUCGAGCCUCUGCACAUCGGAAGUCACUUUCAGUUCCUCAAGUGCUUGCCAUAGAGCUACUUGUUGUCGCAUGCCUGGAUCCUGCUGGCAAUAUACGAAGAGGUUCAUCGGCUGCUCUCCAGGAACUCGUAGGCCGGAACCCCAAUACGGUUGAGGAAGGCAUUGCGCUUGUGCAAGUUGUCGACUUUCACGCAGUAGGAUUGCGGGAACGAGCUAUGUGCGAAGUCUCCGUCCGAGCUGGCAAGCUGUCCCGGAUGUACUGGGAAGCCCUGUUUGAGAAUCUUCUCGGUUGGAGAGGCACAGGGUCACUAGACUCCCCAUCGCGCCUCUUCGCAGCACGCGCGAUCGGACUCUUAUCUGUCAACCAGCCGCCGACUGCCGUCCUUGAAAUGGCGGGUCAGAUGUCGGCAGCAGUUUCCCACCUAAAGCCUCGAGAGGUCGAAGAGCGUCAGGGCCUGGUCUCGGCGCUUGCUGCAUUAGUAGAUCAAGCAACUCAAUCACAGUCAUUUAUGGAUAGUCCUGAGCGAGCUGAUCUUACUACUCUUUGGAGCCUACUAGAAAAAGAACUGGACCUCGAGGAGAAGGCGUUCACGUCGCCAGCUUUACGCCCCGAACUUACCGCGUCCUCUUUCUGUAAUUUCUUAGGAGCAAUGGUCACCAUAACAUAUCCGGGGGCGAACGAAGCGGGGACUUCGCAACUCUCGACUGCGAUGGUUCGCCUUUUCAACCUCUGUCUUGCGAGGCGUGAAGACUCAGUCUUGGAAGCCAUCCCUCGAACGACUCGUGGCGUCCUCCGGCUAUUGAACAUUAUCUCUCCCGUACAGAAGGAUGAGUUGGUAUCCGAAUGGCUGUCAAAGCUCGAAAACGAGGCAUCGUAUAACGGGCUCCGCUGCUCAGGUCACGCCAUUGCUCUCGGAGCAGCAUAUUCCUUACUUGGGGAUGAAGACACGACAUCACCGCCCACAGAGAAGCAGGCAAGCAUCGUUGAGAUUCUCGCUUUCAGGUGUACUGCGGCAGUUGCGAUAGAGGCUAGGACGGUGGCUCUCCAAGCGUUCGAUGUCAUGUUGAGAAAUUGUCGAAAUCCUCUCUCGGCUGGACCACUAUACCCUGGCGUGAAAGACAAGAUCGCAGAUGCGUUGCAUAUUGGUCUCAACGACUACACGGUCACCGAACGCGGCGACGUGGGCUCUUUAGUCCGUCUCGAAGCCUUGAGCACAGCCGGCACUGCAUGGGAGACCGGACUGCUCAAUGGUUCAACCUAUGAGGAGAACCUGCACGCAGAUGUUCUCCGCUUGUCACUGGAAAAGCUGGACAAAGUCCGCUUGCGAGCUGCUCAGGUUUUGGAGAAAGGCUCAUAUGAGCACUUCGAGAAAGUGGCUGGCGGAGUGUUAGAGGGUGUUUCUUCCUACGCCUACUUUUCCAAUGCUUUAUCCGUAUUGCAGCCAACGAUUCCAAGAGCUAUCACGGAAGCCGUGUGCCUGGGCUAUAUUAGCUCCGCAGGCAUGGCUUCGGAAUCGGUGGUGCAGAACUCUAGAGCGGCACUCUUAGACGCUGUGGAUGCUUGGCCUGCAGGUAAUCAGGAAGAUAUACAUGCGCAAUUCACCCUUCUCGAUUUCGCCAAUUGUCUGCUCGAUCUGCUCAAGCGCCAUCUGGAUACCGAAAAAGUCCUGCUACCACUUCUGGAAGCGUUAGCCUUCCUGCUCGACAUGCAGGUUCUACAUCGGCUGAUCUCUACCUCCUUCAAUUUCCGCGCUCUCCUUUCUUAUACCCAAAAAGCUCACUUCAAAUCCACAAACAUGCAGAAACUGCACCUCGCGCUUGACGUCUACAGAGGUCUUGGUACGAUUUCUGCGACCCGCGCGGAUACGAUCACGAAGCUCACGAGUAUGCUGUUGCAUCCGUUUCCGAAGAUUCGCAUUUCGGCGGCGGAAACGCUGUGGGUGCUGACACAGGAAGAUGGGUUGAAGAGGCAUGAUUGGAGUUUGCCGGGCAAGAGCUUGAAGCCGGUCGUUGAUGGGAUUAAGACGAGCUUGACAUCCAGGCGCUGA